GAGGAGUGGAGGCUCCGGGAGGGAGGAGGAACCAACCGAGGGAGGAGAAUGAAGCCGGGGCGAGUGGGAACAUUUUAGACCACGACUUUACUCGCCUGGUUUUUUUUUUUUUGUUCUUUCUUUAAUUUCUGUUUAUUCACAGAAACCCGCAGGGAGACGCGCAGCUUUACGAUUAUGAUGGAGAGAUAACAGAGGAAGAGGAAGAGAAGAUGUCGUUCUUUGGAUUGGAUUGUUUCCCAAAGACUGAGGGAGCGGAGCUGGAGAGGAAACUCAGAGCCAACGACCGAGAGUACAACCGCUCCUUUAAAUACGCAACAAACGCCAUCAAGACGUCCAAGUACAAUUUCUUCACCUUCCUUCCUCUCAACCUGUUCGAACAGUUCCAGAGGAUUGCUAACGCCUACUUUCUGGUUCUGCUGGUGCUGCAGUUGAUUCCUGAGAUCUCCUCCCUGUCCUGGUUCACCACCGUCGUUCCUCUCGCCCUCGUGCUGACGGUCACCGCUGCUAAGGACGCAACUGACGACAUCAAUCGCCACAGGAGCGACAAUCAAGUAAACAACAGAAAAGUUGAAGUACUAAUUGACAGGAAGCUGCGGAGCGAGAAAUGGAUGGACGUCCAGGUAGGAGACAUCAUCAAGCUAGAAAACAACCAGUUUGUAACCGCCGACCUCCUGCUGCUCUCCAGCAGCGAACCUCUGAACCUUGUGUACAUAGAGACGGCAGAACUGGACGGAGAGACGAACCUGAAGGUCAAGCAGGCCCUUCCUGUCACCGGAGACCUGGGAGGCGAUAUCGAAAAACUGGCCGAUUUUAAUGGCGAAGUUCUCUGCGAACCCCCCAACAAUCGUCUCGACCGCUUCAACGGGACGCUGGCGUUCGCCGGUCAGAAAUACCCGCUGGACAACGAGAAGAUCCUGCUGCGCGGCUGCACCCUGAGGAACACCGACUGGUGCUUCGGCCUGGUGCUGUUCGGGGGUCAGGAGACGAAGCUGAUGCAGAACAGUGGGAAGAGCAUCUUUAAGAGAACCAGCAUCGACCGUCUGAUGAACGUUCUGGUUCUAUGUAUCUUUGGUUUCCUGGUGUUUAUGUGCACAAUCCUGGCGAUCGGGAACUACAUCUGGGAGGUAAACAACGGCUCCAACUUCACCGUCUUCCUGCCCAGGAAAGACAACGCUGGCUUCUCGGCCUUCCUCACCUUCUGGUCCUACAUCAUCAUCCUCAACACCGUGGUGCCCAUCUCGCUUUACGUUAGUGUGGAAAUCAUUCGGCUGGGGAACAGCUUCUACAUCGACUGGGACAGGAAGAUGUAUUAUUCCCACAGCGACACGCCGGCCGAGGCGCGCACCACCACGCUGAACGAGGAGCUCGGUCAGAUCAAGUACGUCUUCAGCGACAAGACGGGGACGCUCACCCAGAACAUCAUGAUCUUCAACAAAUGCUCCAUCAACGGGAAAUCCUACGGAGAUGUUUAUGACUACACAGGUCAGAGACUUGAUAUUUCUGAGCACAAAGACCCGGUGGACUUCUCCUUCAAUGCGCUGGCCGACCCGCGGUUCGUUUUCUACGACCACGCGCUGGUGGAGGCGGUGAAGCUGGAGAACCCGGAGGUCCACGCCUUCUUCAGGCUGCUGGCGCUCUGCCACACCGUCAUGGCCGAGGAGAAGAAGGAAGGAGAGCUUCUCUAUCAGGCCCAGUCUCCAGACGAAGGCGCACUCGUGACUGCGGCCAGAAACUUCGGAUUCGUCUUCCGCUCGCGAACGCCUGACAGCAUUUCCAUCGUGGAAAUGGGAAAUCAACGCAGCUACGAACUGCUGGCGAUCCUCGACUUCAACAACGUCCGCAAGAGGAUGUCCGUCAUCGUGCGCAGUCCGGAGGGGAAGCUCUCGCUCUACUGCAAAGGCGCCGACACGAUCAUCUACGAGAGGCUGCACCAGUCCUGCAGCAAGCUGAUGGACGUCACCACGGAGCACCUCAACGAAUUUGCCGGGGAGGGACUGCGGACGCUCGCUCUAGCCUACAAAGAUUUGGACGAGGAGUAUUUCAACCAGUGGAGACAGCGCCACCAUGAGGCGAGCACCUCGCUGGAAGACAAGGACAGCAAACUGGAUGAGCUGUACGAGGAGAUAGAGAAGGACCUGCUGCUGCUGGGAGCAACAGCCAUCGAAGACAAGCUACAGGACGGAGUACCUCAGACCAUUGAGCAGCUGGCCAAAGCGGACAUCAAAAUCUGGGUUCUGACUGGCGACAAGCAAGAAACGGCAGAAAACAUCGGCUACUCGUGCAACCUGCUGCGGGAGGAAAUGAAAGACGUCUUCAUCGUCUCGGGUCACUCGCCUGAGGAUGUCAGACAAGAACUGAGAAAUGCACAAAACUCCAUGAAACCAGAUGGAGCACCAAACAGCCUGCUUUUGCCAGAGGAGAAGAGUAAAAAUUUGAUUAAAGACGAGGAGGCCAAUGGGGAGUAUGGACUUGUUAUCAACGGACACAGUCUGGCGUACGCCCUGGAGAGCAGCAUGGAGCUGGAGUUCCUCAGGACGGCGUGUUUGUGUAAAGCGGUGAUCUGCUGCAGGGUGACGCCGCUGCAGAAGGCCCACGUGGUGGAGCUGGUCAAGAAGUACAAGAAGGCGGUAACUCUGGCUAUAGGUGAUGGAGCCAACGACGUCAGCAUGAUCAAAGCGGCUCAUAUUGGUGUUGGCAUCUCAGGACAGGAGGGCAUGCAGGCCGUCCUGUCCAGCGACUACUCCUUCGCCCAGUUCCGCUUCCUGCAGCGCCUCCUGCUGGUGCACGGACGCUGGUCCUACCUGCGCAUGUGCAAAUUCCUGCGCUACUUCUUCUACAAGAACUUCACCUUCACCUUUGUCCACUUCUGGUUUGCCUUCUUCUGCGGAUUCUCGGCGCAGACGGUGUAUGACGAGUGGUUCAUCACGCUCUACAACCUGAUGUACACAGCGCUGCCUGUUCUGGGAAUGAGCCUGUUUGAUCAGGAUGUGAACGACGCGUGGAGUUUCCAGCACCCACAGCUCUACAUUCCCGGCCAACUCAGCCUGUACUUCAGCAAGACGACCUUCUUCAAAUGUGCCGUCCACAGCUGGUACUGCUCCCUGGUGCUGUUCUUCAUCCCGUACGCCGCGCUGCAGGACACGGUGAGGGACGACGGGAAGGACGUGGCCGACUACCAGUCCUUCGCCCUGCUCACGCAGACCUGCCUGCUGUUUGCAGUCAGCAUCCAGCUGGGGUUGGAGAUGUCCUACUGGACGGCGGUGAACACCUUCUUCGUUUUGGGAAGUCUGGCCAUGUACUUCGCCGUCACCUUCACCAUGUACAGCAACGGCACGUUCCUCAUCGUUCCAUCAGCUUUUCCCUUCAUAGGAACGGCUCGAAACUCUCUGAACCAGCCCAACGUUUGGCUGACGAUCAUCCUGACCUCCAUCCUGUGCGUACUUCCUGUGGUUACCUGCCGCUUCCUGUUGAUUCAGCUCUGCCCCACCAUCAACGACAAGGUAAUGUUCAAGGUGAGACAGGCCAGAGCUACUCCUCCUCCUCUGCCUCGCCGGGCCCGGAUCCGCCGCACCAGCUCCCGCCGCUCGGGCUACGCCUUCUCCCACGCGCAGGGCUACGGCGACCUGGUGACGUCAGGCCGUUUCCUGAGGCGUCCCGCCUUGCCGCGGGCGUCGGGUUUCCCCCAGGUGGGCCGCGCCGCCACGGGGUUCAGCCCCAUGGGCCGGUCGGCAGGCUACAGCCCGACGGGCCGUCCCCAGAACCUGAAGGUGCCGGACGUGGAGGUGACCUCGCUCCAGAUGUACAGGACAUUCAACGACGCUGCCCCAUGAGAGAAGGAAGCUAAUUAAACUUCUGGAGGGAAACAGAAACUCUGAGGCUUUUGUGGGAAUUUUUUCGCUGACAGUUUCAUUUAAAGGAACGGCAGAUCUCAUUUCUGAGAGGUAAACGGUUUACUGGCGUCAGAUGUUUAAGUUUGAACCUGAAGGAACCAGCAGAUGGGACGCUAACUGACGGAACUACUUGAUAACAGACACAGAAACAGAUCGCUGAGCUUCCAGGCAGCAACAAGCAGAGGAUGGAAGUGAUUUAACAUGUUGGGAAACACAGAGUGUCAUCAUGUUUACAGACUGCCCAGACCUUCGUAAUCCUGGGAGUCCAGAGGCAACGCAGAGCUUCGUAAAGAGGGAACAACCGGCAAAGACACGCUGCUGUCAGUACUUUACUCUUGUUUUUCUCUUCAUUUGUGCUUCUUUUAGCAGGUUAGGAUAGAUCAAUGGCCUAUACAAAACAUGUUCAUUA